AUGGAGGUUCCAAUCUGGGAAUGGUGUUUGAUCGUCUUAACAAUCAUAUUCUUGGCGGUUGCUUCUCAUUUUCUGGGAAGAUUGUUUUGUAGCCCUCGAGAGAGAAUCGCAGACAACAGAAUCGAAAAGAAACACGAACCAGCCGCACAAGGAAAGGCUGCAAAAGGUGGCACUGAACAACUUGUGUGA